AAGGCCGCGUCGACCGCCUCGAAGAAGAACCCCCUCUUCGUGUCGACGCCCAAGAACUUCCGCAAGGGCGGUGACAUCCAGCCCAAGCGUGACCUGUCCCGCUUCGUCCGCUGGCCGCGUUACGUGCGCCUGCAGCGUCAGCGCAAGAUCCUCUACCAGCGCCUUAAGGUGCCGCCGUCGAUCAACCAGUUCUCCAACACCCUGGAGAAGAACGUAGCCACGGACCUCUUCAAGCUGCUGCUGAAGUACCAGCCGGAGACCAAGGCCGCCAAGACCCUGCGUCUGCGCAACAUCGCCGCCGGCAAGGAGGAGGCCUCGGCCCCGCCCGCCGUCGUGAAGUUCGGUCUCAACCACGUGACCUCGCUGAUCGAGAACAAGAAGGCCAAGCUCGUGGUCAUUGCCCACGACGUGGACCCCAUUGAGCUCGUGGUGUUCCUGCCCGCUCUGUGCCGUCAGUUCGACAUCCCGUACUGCAUCGUCAAGGGCAAGGCUCGUCUGGGACAGCUCGUGCACCAGAAGAACGCCGCCGUCGUGGCGCUCACCCACGUGAACAAGGAGGACAAGGCCAAGUUCGACUCGCUCUCGGAGGCCUUCAAGGCCAAGUUCAACGACGAUGCCGUGUCGCGUCGCAAGUGGGGCGGUGGCAUCAUGGGCCUGAAGACCCAGAAGAAGCUGGAGCUGCGUGAGAAGGCGAUC